AUGAACGUCUGGUCGGGCUCUAUUUCGCUGGACGCAGGCCGUGGUCUGGAAGGGAUUAGCUUGAUUGAUCAAACCACCCACUGGCAAUGCGACAUAUCGAAAGAUGCCAAACUCGCUCUCCGUAGCUUUGUCAACCCUGCUUUGAUCCCGUUACAUGCGCGUGCAGGCCCAAACCUUGAACUACACACAUCGUCUCCGGCCACCACCCAAUGGCUUCGGAGCAAACUCAUGGGUGCGAUUUGGCUGGAGGAGGACGAAUUAGAUCUACACCAGUCGUUACAAUGUCCUGUUGGCCUGCUGGUCAGUGUUGACAGCUCGACAUCCAAAAAGACUACCGAUGUCUUGAUCUAUGGCGUGUUGUCCAACGCCGCCUCUGGCUCUCGUCCUCCCACCCCGCCUCAUUCAUCGCCUACCGAGAUGGCGAGCCGUCCAAACAACACCACCAAACCAUAUGAGCUGAGAAUAUAUGGAGCGCCAUUAUCUACAUUAUCAGUCACACAAGCCCAGUCUUUGCCGUCGCCACCAGCAAGUGCAGAUGGAGAGCCAUGCUCGACACAAGCCGAGUUUAUCCCGGAUGCCAGCUCUCCCAGUCCCAAGCGAAAACGAGUCGCCACGCUUUUUGAGUCCGCUGCACAGCAUCAUCGCCGAGUACGGCAAAGGGGAGGCGAAGGCGUCUCUCAGCUAAUGGCGCCAGUGCGCCCCCAGUCAUCAUCACAGAAUCUUCAGUCCCUGUUCGUCAAACGAGAACCAGAGGACGACCUCCCAAAGAACCUCGACCGAAUAGUCACCCACAGAUCGCGAUCUAUGUCGAUCGGAGCCAAUCUCCAACGCCCCGGAAGCAACCGCGGUGUGCGUGCAACACCGGGCCUGAACAUGGAUCCCAGGAAACGGACUCAAACGCCAAAUGCACCACUAGAGCCCAGUUUUCACCAUGGCUCACUGGCGCCACAGCAGGUAUCAGUCAAAUCAGCCGAUAAAGAUGACAAUAACACACCCGACUCGCCGCCAAAGAGCCCAGAAGCUAUUAUCGCCCAAAACAAAGACCUCAUUACUCGAACAACUCUCACAUGCAUGCGCCUCUACGGAUUCCACCGCUCCAAUCCACGUGGCAAGCCUACUGGGGGAACGAACGACCCAGACGCAGAGGCUCCAAAUGCCACCCCGACCGCAGAAACCCGUGCAGAAACCCCAGGCCCGGGUUCCUCGGCUGAUAACGAGUUCAAGGGCAUGUACCAUGCGACCUAUAAAGCGGCCUGCUUUGCAUUGCGCAAGUACCUGGGAGAUCCAACAGGUGGCUCGAACCCUACACCUACGUUAAUAGAAAAGGAGAAGGCUAUGACAUGCAUUGACGGGCUUCUGCGUGUUUUCUGUGAAGAUUAUUAG